AUGAGUCCCCCAAUAUUGUCAAAACACGGUCAAGUCAUCCGCAAAUGUACUGUUCCAGGAACAGUAGCAUUCACAUUCGAUGACGACUCGUGGAACGAAAAGGAUGAAAUCCUAACACUGUUCGCCCAGCGAAAUGCACAAGCUUCCUUCUUCCUACGUAGCACUCUAUGGACCGCAGAUUCAAUAAAAGACGACGGGAAAUCUGUAGUACAGAGUAUCCACAAAAACGGGCAUCUGAUUGGAUUUAGCACCUCGAGUCGCCAUCCUCACAGCGGCGUGGAGCAUGACGACCUCCUCAAAGCCCGUCAGAAGAUUUCCACGGUUCUCGGAGCCUCAUCCUCCUCUGAAGGCCUUCGACCACAGUACAUUUGGUCGUCCCCGGUCGAUUGCACAGUACGGAACGGCUGCGUUGAAAAGUUGACGAUAAAUGGUCAGCGACUGGUACUUUGGGACGGUAGACCGGCGGACAUGAGUAACAACACGGAGACUACGCUUCUCCUCGACAGACUACAAGCGGCAGACUCCGGGCGAGAUUCUUCUCUCAUCCCGAUACGAGGGUUUCAAAAAGAGAGUAAUCACAGUUUCGGCGAUCUACUAGAUGGGUUCCUACAAAAGGGCUUCCAACCGGUUACUGUAGGAGACUGUAUAAAUGACCCCAAACACUUCUGGUAUCUAGAUCACUUGGGACGUCCGGCGACUAGCUUGGCGUUCGGCCGCCAUGAUGUAGUAUCGCCUGGCACAUUUCUCAGUCAAGUUCGAUGGAGCGGGAUACUGGCUGUAUUCUUCUUAGAGUUGAUGGCCCUGUCUUGCCUGUUCUGGGCUAUUUGUCGGUAUAGAAAGAUCAAGUCACACCAACGUGUAGUUCAAUGA